AUGCAAACAAGAAAGAAAUGUGCUGCAAAAAAUACUGCAAUAGAGGAUGCUGGAUCUAAACCAUCUAGACAACAGAAAAAGACGACUGUUUCUGCAGAGAAAAAGGUCACAGAGCUGAUCACAUCUUCGGCGAGGAAGCAGAGACCAGGUACUCAUAUAUAAACGUGUUACUUUUCCGUUUCAUCAUUUUGGGGGGAACAAAGGCCCAAAAAACUUUUUUUCUCGUUUCAUUUUCAUUGUCAAACGUCACUUUUCGUAUCUGUAUGGUUUGCUUUGCGUCAAUGGGUUUUUUUAAUACUGUUACUAUCAUUUGCACCGAUUUUUUCUGUACUUAUUACUCUAAAUUUGUAAUUUUUAUUGUUCAUUUCUCAUACAGAAUUCUUCAGUAUUUUCUAUUCUGUUUACACUUUUGAAUUCAUUUCUUCGCGUUAUUCGUUUCUAAUAAAUGCUACCUAUCUUUGUUGUCUGAUGGAACUAAUCCUUCACCUUUGCAACCAUGACAGGUUUUCUUUCAAAGAAGACAAGUAGGGAUGAACCAGAUGAGAACAACACAAACACUGGUUCCUUACCAAUGAAAGAAGAAUCUCAGGGUCAUUUACCCUGCGAUGGCUCUAUUGACACCAAGGUGAUAAAUUGUGAUGAAAGAAAUUGUCUUCAUGACCUUCAUUCUGCAUCUCAUUUUGGAAAACAUUGUCUGGUAGUGCCCAUAUUAUGUGAAAGCUGCUGCUAAUGUUGGUUCUGAAUCAUGCUAUUAUUUCCAAUAUAACUGCAAUUCUCUAUGGAAGUGGUUUCCAUGUCCCCUAGAAUGUUACAUCAUAAUCCAAUAGAAUCCCAUUAUUUUGGUACAUUUUCUUCAUACUUCCUCUGAUUAGUGCUUCAGCAAGCCACUAGAUUAUUAUCGUUGAUAACUUGAUUAAUUCUCUCCUCUUUCCAGAUCAUUGUAGCUACCCUAAAGCUGUAUAUUUGACGUUCGCUUACAUUAGUUUGCUAGUCUCUAGAAUCCAGUUUCUGAGGGCAAUUAUGUUUAUGCCCAUCAUAGAAUGCAGUUCGUUUUUAGCGCAAGUUAUAAGUGACUGCUAUUUUAAAUGUUAUUUUCUGCCAUUAUAAUCUCUAUGGUAUGGCUAUCGCAGAACGGUGUGUAGUUCUUGGACUAUGGCGUAGGUAACACCUGUUGUUCAUGUUAAAGGGUGAGUACCUGGGGAUUAACUGAGACAACCAUCUCUUACCACAUUGUUUGACUAGUUUGCUUCUGGACUCUAGAAGCAAACUAGUCCGAAUGGGUGAUUUCGAUUGUGAAUCCCUCAUAUAUCAAAUAUUGGAUCGGACAUGUAUAUGGUCAGAAUGGGUGUUUGUGUGAUACCAAGCUCAUGUGAAUUUACCCUCGUGCAUGUGAUUAUCUCAUUUCCUUCAAUUAGUUAGUUUACUUCAAAUUUUGCAGAGAUUUGGUGAGAGUGACUCCCAGUGCGUCCUGGACACCUUAUUUUCUCCAAAAUAUCAUUUACCUCAUGAUUUCUGUGGUGGAAUAUCUGACAAAGGUAUGCUAAUACUUGCCAUUUUAAUUUUUUCAAGGAAUUUUGUGAAUCUAGUAUUUACUGCAUUAUGCUACACGAGGAAACAAUAUCCUAUAAAAAAAGAAAUCUUCUGUUUGCUGUCUAGUUCUUGUCAUAAUGCAUUCGGCUCGAUUUUCUUUGUAUUUUCCUCUUAAAAUGAUCCAUUUGAGUGUGAUUUAUUCGGUGCAAAGUGUUGUGUUCAUCUUUCCUCUUUAUUCUUACAGCACAUUUCAUGGAUUUCGCCGACAAGGACGAUCAGAUGGACUGUGGAGACCAUUCGUUGGAUGAACCAAGAGCUGAGCUAUGGAAUGGUCGAUUAUCAUCAGGAAAACUGGAUAAUGUUUCGAGAGGAGGUACUGUGGAGGCGCUGCCAAUGUACAUCGAAGAUAAGACUUUGGGCACCCUGUCUCCUGAAGUUUCAGCGAUUUAUCUUGCAAUGCAGCACUCCAAAUUGGAGUGCCUCGAUGAACCUUCGCAUGAUCCAAUGGCCACCGAUGGCAUGGACUCUGAUGAAUUGGACGAAUUCGACGAUUUUAAUCCCUAUGCGUUCAUCAAGAAUCUGCCCGAUUUGUCGGCCAUCGUCCCCACUUUCCGCCCCAUGCUCCUCCCUAAACAAACUCGGAGUUGCCCCUCGACCACCCUUGUUUUGGAUCUGGACGGUAAGAAGCCCCCACCAGCUCUCUGAAGGAUUUUAUGCUUUCAUCUUCUGUCGUUUGAUCUUUUGUUCUAUCUGAUUGGGCAGAAACCUUGGUGCACUCCUCGCUCGAACCCUGCGACGACGCGGAUUUCACGUUCCCUGUGAAGUUCAACUUCAGAGAGCACACGAUCUACGUGCGCUGCCGCCCUCAUCUCAGGGAUUUCAUGGAGAGGGUGUCAACCCUUUUCGAGAUCAUCAUCUUCACGGCCAGCCAGAGCAUCUACGCCGAGCAGCUUCUCAAUGUCCUGGACCCGAAAAGAAAGCUCUUCCGCCACCGCGUCUACCGCGAGUCUUGCCUCUUCGUGGAGGGGAACUAUGUGAAGGACCUCUCUGUUCUUGGGCGUGAUCUGGCCCGAGUCAUCAUCGUCGACAACUCCCCACAGGUAGGUAGCAGGAGUCAUCCUCUCCCCCGUUCGCGUUCUUGAUUCCUGAUGAACCCACUGACAUUGUUUCGGUGCUAACACUCCCCAUUACUUUUCUUCCAGGCAUUUGGGUUUCAGGUGGACAACGGGAUCCCCAUCGAGAGCUGGUUCGACGACCGCUCCGACAAGGAGCUGCUCUCCCUGCUUCCAUUUCUGGAGAGCUUGGUGGGGGUGGAAGAUGUUCGACCCCUGAUAGCCAAUAAGUUCAAUCUUCGGCAGAAGAUAGCUGCUGCAAUCUAG